AUGUCCAUUCGCGGCGUGGCGCAGCUGCGCGCGCUGCGCCUGGUGUACUGCGACGUCACGGGGACGUCGCGAGGGAUCAAAGAGUUCGUCCUGAGUGGAGGCUGGGAUGAAUUUAAAGCGCGCGCGCUCGUCCACGGCGACUCAACCGAGGCGACGACGGAGAUAAGAAGAGGAGGAGACCCGCACGUGCGCGCGACGUACGCGAACGGGCACGAGAAGGCGGUGGGGUUGAAGAAUCUGAGCGCGAACGCGGUGGAGACGCACGUGCGGUGGUUGGCGAGCGAAAAGGGUAAGCCCGGGAGCAAACCGAUGAAGCACAGGCACUUCACGAAGAAGCCGAGCGUGCAGGGACGGUGGACGCCGUUCACGUUCGGCGGUGGGCGGGCGUACGUGGACGAAGAGGAGGAUUAG